GAAAUAAAAACUCGGUAAUUCACGAAACCGUGCCCGGUCCUGCGUUUACAGUCGCUAAAACGUUAGCCCUAUUUGUGCGUUUCUGUGUGUUGUGUGAUGACGCGUUGAUCCGCAAGCCAUAAGGGGAUCGAUGGAGACCGGUAUAGAUGGAGACAUACCGAUAGAGGGAGGAGAGACAUUGUGGCACUAGAACUGUAGUGCAUGGGAAUAUCAAGUAGAGAAAGCGAUAAAUAUAGCUUCAACAAGGAGAGAGAUAGAGAGAGAGCACGGGCUGUGAAUUCGCGGACGACAUGAGAGCUCUACAUGAAUAGAAUACAAUGCUUUUAAAACUCAGCGUUUUGCUUUACUAACGUGUUGUCCGAAGACAACCACUAAAACGGGACUACACAUCACAUUUAGGCAGUAGGGGGCAGCAUGCCUGAGCAGAGUAAUGACUACAGGGUGGUGGUGUUUGGAGCGGGGGGAGUGGGCAAGAGCUCCCUGGUCCUACGCUUCGUUAAAGGCACCUUCAGGGACACCUAUAUCCCCACUGUGGAGGACACCUAUCGACAGGUGAUCAGCUGUGAUAAGAGUGUGUGUACGCUCCAGAUAACUGAUACAACAGGCAGUCAUCAGUUCCCUGCCAUGCAGAGGCUGUCCAUAUCUAAAGGACAUGCCUUCAUACUGGUCUACUCUGUAACCAGCAAACAGUCACUGGAGGAACUCAAGCCUAUCUACCAACAGGUGAUAGCCAUAAAGGGGAACAUAGAGGCCAUCCCCAUCAUGUUGGUGGGCAACAAGAGUGAUGAGACCCAGAGAGAGGUGGAGACUAAAGAUGGAGAGGCACAGGCGACCACGUGGAAGUGUGCGUUCAUGGAGACGUCAGCUAAGACCAACCACAACGUGACCGAGCUGUUCCAGGAGCUGCUCAACCUGGACAAGAAGAGAAACAUGAGUCUCAACAUCGACGGGAAACGGUCCGGAAAACAGUCCAGAGCUGAGAGACUGAAGGGGAAAUGUAGUGUCAUGUAGAGAAGAGGGUGGGAGGGAAGGAAGGAAGGAAGGAAGGAAGGAAGGAAGGUCACAAGGAAGACAGAAAGUGAGAGGAUAAAAGACGCACAGAAGAGGGGGAGAGGAAGAGAAGAGCGAGACGGAGAAGAGUGAAGAGAGGACCACUGGUGGGUUCUAUACCUCACCCUCUCAGUAUCCUCCUCUCUCAUCUCCUGUCUGCCUGACCAGGGUCCUAACCCUCCAUACAGUCCCACUGUAGUGAAAAGAUUAGGGGGGGUAGUCUGAACACGACUCGAACCCGCAACCCUGCAUCUGUCAGCAUCAGUCCAACACCUCAGCCAUCACGCCGUGAGGUCCCAACCUCUUGGCGAGGUCACUAGAUGUUACACUAGGGACACUCCAACAUGUACAUAUCCUAUGAAUACAUGGCCUCCCUCCCUAAGCACCUCUGAAAGACACAGACAGUAUACCCCCUAACCGUCUCUGUCAUCAUGCUAAAUGGAGAAUCCUCUCAACUCCUCAUUCAAGUGGCUUCAAAAUGGAUUGAAAUCAUUACUUGAACUGGAGAAACGUUGAACUUGUGACAUCAACAAUCCCUCUAAGACUUUAGCUCAGUGACAAACAAGGGAAUGGCAGUGGUUCACGUCUGACUUGGAAUCCGAGGAAAGGGAACCUGGGAAAGAAAGACUGAAAUGUUAAGAAGUCUACCUGGGACACUUGGUAGUUGGACUGAAAUGAUAAGAAGUCUACCUGAGACACUUUGGUAGUUGGACUGACAUGUUAAGAAGUCUACCUGGGACACUUGGUAGUUGGACUGAAAUGUUAAGAAGUCUACCUGGGACACUUGGUAGUUGGACUGAAAUGAUAAGAAGUCUACCUGAGACACUUUGGUAGUUGGACUGACAUGUUAAGAAGUCUACCUGGGACACUUGGUAGUUGGACUGAAAUGUUAAGAAGUCUACCUGGGACACUUGGUAGUUGGACUGCAAUGUUAAGAAGUCUACCUGGGACACUUGGUAGUUGGACUGAAAUGUUAAGAAGUCUACCUGGGACACUUGGUAGUUGGACUGCAAUGUUAAGAAGUCUACCUGGGACACUUGGUAGUUGGACUUUGGUUGGAUGGACGAUGGAGUGGACUUGGAACAUGUGAAGAGGUAUUAGAAAAGUUUGUUGUGGGAUUUGGACUGGGAAUACUGCGGAUGAUGUCGUUGGGAAUGUUUGCGUCGGUUGGGAUUUGGACUGGGAAUACUGCGGAUGAUGUCGUUGGGAAUGUUUGCGUCGGUUGGGAUUUGGACUGGGAAUACUGCGGAUGUCGUUGGGAAUGUUUGCGUCGGUUGGGAUUUGGACUGGGAAUACUGCGGAUGAUGUCGCUGGGAAUGUUUGCGUCGGUUGGCUUUGGCCCUUGUUGUUUCAUGUGAGGAGCCUUUCUGUUGGCCUUGUGUUUCCCAGGCCAAGCUGCUGAAUCCUCUUCGUACACAGAGAAGCACAGAGAGGAUGGAGUGACGACUCUACUCGGCGGAGGGAAGACACUCGAUUAGUUUAAUGCCAUGCAAAUACCAUCACAUUGCACUUAAUGUCACACACACACACACAAAUAUAAAUGCACACACACGCACAUGCUUUUUGGAGACCAGUGGUCAUUCACCAAGUGUAUUCCUACAUAGUAUGUAAAUGAAAAAGGAGUGAUGUAAUUAUAUUAUUGUCCCAAACACCUCUAUUGGUUUAUGUAACGCAAUAAGGUUGUUUGUCAAAGUACAGAAUAUAUAUAUAUAUAUAUACUCCAGAUGGAAGUUGCCCCUAACCGCAGAUCUAGGAUCAGCUUACUCCCCAAAUAAUAACUUUAACCAUUAGGGGGGAAAUGCAAAACUGAUCUUAGAUCAGCAUUUAUGGCCACAGUCAUCCUACUUACUAUACAGGAGAGCUAAAAGCACAAUCAUUUGAUUGACGUUGUGUUUUUGUUUUACCAUGUUCCGUUAUCUAUCUUGCAGAAUAAAUGACGGCCAAUAUAUUUUGGACAGAGGUGGGGGAAGGAGGGAGCAGCUCUCCUGUAGUUAUUAUUCCAGGUGACUUGUAAUGUGUACAGUGUUUAAACGUGUGUGUACAGAGCACCAUAAGGCUGUGGGUUGGUUAUAUAGCACGGUAUUGUAACAAAGCAGACAAAAAGGUUAAGCUGCAUCGCAAAUGGCACCCUAUUCUCUAAUAGUGCACUAUUUUUUUGGACCAGAGCCCAUAUGCUCUGAUCUAAAGUAAUGCACUAUAUAGGGUACCAUUUAGGACAUAAACUAUGUAAGGGAACCCGGAUCUAAACUGGACCCAAAGAAGUAGAAAACACCACUUCAUAUCUCUCUAAAAAAGAAGCACGGAAUUGAUUAGUGUUUCAACCAGGGAUUUAAUUUUCAAUUCGGAAUAUUAAUUGAAAUUCUGUUCAUAAAAGGAAAACUCUGUCAUUGGAAAAACAAUGAGCAAAUUGAAUAGACUGAAUUAGAAAGGGAAUGGUCUCCAUCACUGUGUAUAGGGUAUUGAGAAGGUACGUUGUGUUGCUAUGUGCUGUGUUAUACUUAUGGCCCAAAUGUUUUCCUGACCUCAUGCCCUGACCAGGAAAACGCUGAUCCCCAGUUGUAGGCUAUAGCUAAGGCUCAGUGUUGUUCCUGUUCAGAUCACAUGCUCAGGAAAAGGUCCUGGAUCUGAUUAGAAAACAGUGUUAUAGUGCAGUAUUACACUAGAACUAUAAUAAAGUAUACAGUCAUCUAUUAUUCAGAUCAGAUUGACAUAACCCACAUUUUAGUGAAUUAUGUGAAACAUUCUACAUCAAAUAGUAUCAAACUAGGAUGUCGAGUGUGUGUGUGUGUGUGUGUGUGUGUGUACAGUGUUAGAUUGAAUAGGCACAGACGCCUCUACCCCAUCCUCCCACAACCGGUCUCAUUGCAUCUGCCAAAGGCCAAUAUUCAGUGUGUGUGUGUGUGUGAAUGCGGUUUUAUGAAGUGUCGGUCAGAGGUUCCCUGUGGAGAUGACCCACACGUUCUGCAUGAGUCAGACUGCUCAGGCUCAUGCACACACAGUGGUGGAAAAAGUACCCAAUUUUCAUACUUGAGUAAAAGUACAGAUACCUCAUUAGAAAGUUACUCAAGUGAAAGUCACCCAGUAAAAUACUACUUGAGUAAAAGUCUGUAUUUUGUUCUAAAUAUUCUUAAGUAUCAAAAGUCAGUGGACUUGGUCAAAUAUACUUAAGUAGUAAAAGUAUAAAUAAUUUCAAAAUCCUUAUAUUAAGCAAAGCAGAUGGCAACUGUUUUCUGUUUUUUAACAUGUACAGACAUCAUUUACAAAGGACGCAUUUGUGUUUAGUGAGUCUGCCAGAUCAGAGGCAGUAGGGAUGACCAUGUGUUCUCUUGAUAAGUGCGUGUGAAUUUGACCAUUUUCCUGUCCUGCUAAGCACACAUGUAACAAGUACUUUUGUGUGUAUGGAGUAUGUAUGUAUGGAGUAAAAAGUACAUUUUCUUUAGGAAUGUAGUAAAGUAAAAGUUGUCAAAAAUAGUAAAGUACAGAUACCCCAAAAAAACUACUGAAGUAAUACUUUAAAAAUAUUUUUACUUAAGUACUUAACACCACUGCGUGUACACGCACACAUAUAUAAAUACACAGGCAUACCAAUCAAACAACCUUUGUGCCAUAGAAACCUCAUUAUCUGCGUCUCAUGCGGCACCUGAUCCCAUGUGAUUCUGGUCAAAGUAGUGCACUACAUAGGGAAUAGGGUGUCGUGAGAUUUGGACAUUGUCUGUUUUUCUGCACUACUGUGUCACCCUAUAACCCGUCUGUUGUACACUUCCUAUUAGUUUUACCACUCCCCUUCACUCCACAUCUGCAGAUAGCUGUAAAUAGCAAUUAGUUAUAUAGCUGGAGGUGGAUAUAGACUCGAUAGAGGAUUUAGGAACGUUAGGGAAUGGUGACAUCAUGGCCCUCUUCAAAGGAUUGUGGGUAGUGUGGUUCUCUUAGGAGUGAAAAGGUAGAGCUGCCAACUGUGAUUCCACAGUAUGUUAUUAGAAUCAGAGAAGGGAUGGGCACUGAGGAAGAUCUCUCACCUCAUUGGAUGAGCACCUGGGGGACUGGCCAGAGUCCAAAUGGGCGGAGUCCUCCAGAGAUUAACCAAUGUGAGGGUUUCUUUUUUUCACGUGUAGAGUGCUGGAUCCUGUCUUGAGAUCCACACACACACACACACACCUACUUUCCUCACAAAUAUAUCAAUAACAUGAUUUACGUGAAAGUCUGAUUUUGUUGUAUGUCAAGUUACGAAUGGGUUCAAAGAGCAUUCCUAUAAUGACUCAGGAAUGGACAAAGAGGCUGCUGUAUGGCUGAAUCAAAACCAAGAUCGAAACACACAACAGAGCUGAUAUGAUUCUAGAAUAGAUUAUACAAGCCAGAGAGUUGUCUGUUCUAUGUAGUUUCUACCUGAAAAAGCCCCUACAUCCUUUCACUGAUGUGUGUUAUCAGAAAGUCAUGUUGCUGGAAACUGGGUACUGGUCAUGUUGCAGAAGAGAAGUGGCACAAAGGACUAUGGGAAGAGUAGUUCAUUGAGUGUAGUUAAUCAGAAACAUGUUCUCGAAACUCAUCCUACCAGGGAUGCAGUUUGGAAUUUUUGCAUCAACCCAGAUCAUACUAUCAGCCCAGAAACAACUCCUUGCCCCUAGCAUUUCAAAUAUCUGAAGGGACUGGAUAGGGGACAGGGUUAACUAUUAGGCUUUGGGGAACUUCCGCCAUAUUGUUUACACUUGUCUGCUCUGCCAAACACAAAACGUGGAAGUGCCUCAAAGUUGUUUCUGGACUGGGCCUCUGAGGGGUGAAAUGACUUCUGGGUAGUGUAGUUCUACUAACCUCUGUCCUUCCCUCCCUGCAUGGCCCCAAUAAGUGUUCCCAGCCAGCAUGAGAACUAAUAAGGAUGCAAACUGUGAAAUUAACAUAUUUGUAUUUUAUUAUUAUAAUUGUUCUGCAUUAAUAAUGGCUUUGGUUUGAAAAGGGUAACUGUUUUUAAUCUCUUAUUGUUUUUGUAAACAUUUUUAACAUAAUGAUCAUGUAUAGACAUUUUUAUUUUAUUUUUAAGAUAGUUGUUAUUAUAAUGAAUUAUUAUUCUAGCCAUUUAUUCUAGCAAAAGUCUUCCAACUAUAAUGUAUUGUGGCAAUGCAUCCUAACUAUAAGAUAUUAUGUAUAUGAAGAAAUUAUCAUAUCGACUCUGCAAAAGGAUUUUCUUAAUAAAAACAACAGUUAAGAAUCUGCCUCUUGUGUGAU